GAUGCAGAAUAAUUAAUCGUUAAUCAAUCAACGAUGGAAUAAUUCCUAUAAAGAUAAUGAAGAAAAACGUACAUAAUGAUUUGUUAACGCACAGGACGUGUUAGUAAAAUUGCGAAAGAUGACGUACGCGGUACGAUGUAAAUUUUUCAUUAAUUUCUACUAACCCUGCUAGAACUUUUUACUCUUGAGCGUGAUUACCGCUACGAACACGAACGAGGAUACCGGGUGGAUGGGUAUUGCAGGGUAUUCGGUCGUAAGGUGCGACUUGCGAAUGAAGAUAACGAGCAAAAACGGUUGAAAUACAGGCAGGUCGUGACUUAAGGUCAGCCGAUUAGAGAUGAAAUCAUACACAGUUACCGGUAUAAAAGCUGGCGACGGCCCACCGGUCAGACAUCGUUCUCCUCUGCUGACUCGCGGAGGUAGUUGUUGAUCGAGUUUGAGACAUCGAAGGCUGAUCGUGAUGCUGAAGGAGCUGCUGUUGCUAGCGCUAACAGCGCUAUGCAUGUCGGAUGGAUUCCACCUCACUAGCAAGACGGCCGACAUGGAUUUCCUCCACAAGCAGAAGAAGAUCUACGAACUCAUGUUCUUCGUCAAGCAAAGCACUCUCACCGACAUGGAAUUCUUCGAUAUUGCCCGCACGUACGAUAUCGAAAGCAACAUUGACAUGUACAAGGACAAGCUAGUCGUCCAGGAGUUCUUGUACCUGUACAAACACGGUAUGAUGCUCAGCCGUAAUGCCAUAUAUUCGCCAUAUUACGAGCAACACCGUGAGGAGAUGAAGCUCCUCUUCAAGCUCUUCUAUUACGCCCAGGACUUUCAGACCUUCUACAAAACCGCCGCUUGGGCACGUCUUUACGUCAACGACGGAGUCUUCACGUCCGCCUUUACCAUCGCUGUCUUUUAUCGUCCCGACUGCAAGUACAUGAGAUUACCGGCUCCUUACGAGAUCUAUCCCAAUCUAUACUUCGACAGCGCUGUCGUCCAGCAGGCUCACGAGAUCAAGAUGACUCGUGGACUCUCUACCAACGUGGACACCGUCGACAGCUACAUGAUCUAUGCCAACAAUUCCGUCUAUGCCAACUAUAGGGGAAACUUCGUCAAGCCCUAUUUCGACGACGAGUCCAAAUUGGACUACUUCAUCGAAGACAUUGCCUUAAACAGCUUCUACUACUACUUCCGCCAAGUUAUGCCAUUCUGGCUCGACAUGAAGGAUUUCGACAUUCCAAAGGAUUUCCGUGGCCACUACUACCAUUUCUUCCACAAGCAACUGUUAGGUCGCUACUAUCUGGAACGCAUGUCCAACGAUCUGGGUGACAUCGAAGACUUUGAUUGGAACAAACCUUUCUACCCGGGCUACUAUUCGAGUUUGAUGUACCACAACGGAAUCGCCAUGCCUCAACGUUCUCGCCACAUGAAUGUGCCGUUCUAUAAAUACAAGUAUCUGAAGGAGAUCGAGGCCCUAGAAUUGCGCAUAAUGAAUGCUAUCGACCUUGGCUACGCAUACGACAAGAACGGCAAGCAGGUCAACAUUUACACUCCCGAAGGUUUGAACAUCCUCGCCAACCUGAUCGAAGGUAACGUGGAUUCGUGCAAUCGACAUUUCUACGGCAUGUACGACGCUCUCGCUCGAGACAUCCUCGGCUUCAACAUGGACUACAAGGACAAGAACAUGGUGAUUCCUAGCUCUCUCCAAUGCUACAGCACCAGUAUGAGAGAUCCCGCAUUCUACCGUCUAUACAAAAGGAUCAUGACGUACUUCUUCAGGUACAAGAAAUACAUGCCGUAUUAUACUCAGAACGAACUGAUUCUCCCCGGCGUCAAGUUCGACGCUGUCAACAUCGACAAACUGACGACCUACUUCGACACUUGUGACACGUUCAUCAAUAACGCUCUUUCCGUGGAGAGCUUCAAGGAGGGGAUGAAAUUACGCGUCAAGGCUCGCCGUCAUUGCCUCAACUACAAGCCAUUCGUUUAUCGUUUCAACAUCAACAGCGACAAAGAGACCAAGGCCGUGCUCAAGAUCUUCCUCGGACCUGCCAUGGGUGAUGUUCACAAUGAGAAGGACAUAUCUUACCUCCAAGAAUACUACAAAUACUUCGUCGAAAUGGACAAGUUUGUUGUAACGCUGAGACAAGGCGCAAAUACUAUCGAACGCCGUAGCUCCGAUUCCGUCUACACCAUGCCCGACAUGAUGUCCAGCGACGUAUUCUACAAGAAAUUGGAGAAAGCUGUAGGAGGCAGCGAACCGUUUACCUACUACGAGAAACUUUUCGCCUUCCCCGAACGCCUGACUCUGCCUAAGGGUAAACCCGAGGGUAUGCGAUUCAAGAUGUUCUUCUAUCUGAGCCCGAUCGACGAGACCAAGAUCACGACCGUGGACGUGCCGGUCUUUGGCAAAGUUAUGCUGGAUGGAAAAUCAUUCGGCUUCCCGCUCGACAGACCGAUGCAUCCGUGGAAGUUCUUCACGCCAAACAUGUUCUUCAAGGAUGUACACAUCUAUCACACGAUGGAAAACGAUGCACGUUACAACGAUAAAUCGAUGCACUUCUAGAUUGCCGACCUGUUCUAGCUUACACGAGCUCUAAAGAAGACUUUAACACGAGUUAAUUCCCUGAAUCUUGUAUCACACGAGUGUGAUACAACGUCAAAAGCUUUUCUUCAAUAAAGAAUGCUGAAAAAUUA